AUGGCGCAAGAGCUGAGAGAGGGCCAGAAUCAGAAAACGCUUCUAAGUUCCAAGGAGGGUUUCGGGUCAGUGGAGAAGGUCGUGCUGCUCACGUUUCUCUCGGUGGUUAUCCUGAUGGCCAUCUUGGGGAACCUGCUGGUGAUGGUGGCCGUGAGCAGGGACAGGCAGCUCAGGAAAAUAAAAACCAAUUAUUUCAUUGUAUCUCUUGCCUUUGUGGAUCUGCUGGUGUCAGUGCUGGUGAUGCCCUUUGGUGCCAUUGAGCUGGUUCAGGACGUCUGGGUUUAUGGGGAGAUGUUUUGCCUCAUCCGGACAUCUCUAGAUGUUCUUCUCACAACAGCAUCGAUUUUUCACCUGUGCUGCAUUUCUCUGGAUAGGUAUUAUGCCAUCUGCUGCCAGCCUUUGGUCUAUAGGAACAAGAUGACCCCUCUGCGCAUCGCAUUAAUGCUGGGAGGCUGCUGGGUCAUCCCCAUGUUUAUCUCUUUUCUCCCUAUAAUGCAAGGCUGGAAUAACAUUGGCAUAAUUGAUUUGGAAAGGAUAUCCAAACCAAGACUGGGCCAGGAUUUGCAUGUGAUAGAAAAAAGGAAGUUCAACCAGAACUCUAACUCUACGUACUGUAUCUUCAUGGUCAACAAGCCCUACGCCAUCACCUGCUCUGUGGUGGCCUUCUACAUCCCGUUUCUCCUCAUGGUGCUGGCCUAUUAUCGCAUCUAUGUCACAGCUAAGGAGCAUGCCCACCAGAUCCAGAUGUUACAACGGGCAGGAGCCCCCUCAGAGGGCAGGCCCCAGCCAGCAGACCAGCACAGCACUCAUCGCAUGAGGACAGAGACCAAAGCAGCCAAGACCCUGUGCAUCAUCAUGGGUUGCUUCUGCCUCUGCUGGGCUCCAUUUUUUGUCACCAAUAUUGUGGAUCCCUUCAUAGACUACACUGUCCCUGGGCAGGUGUGGACCGCUUUCCUCUGGCUCGGCUACAUCAAUUCUGGGUUGAACCCCUUUCUCUACGCCUUCUUGAAUAAGUCUUUUAGACGUGCCUUCCUCAUCAUCCUCUGCUGUGAUGAUGAACGCUACCGAAGACCUUCCAUUCUGGGCCAGACUGUCCCCUGUUCAACCACAACCAUUAAUGGAUCCACACAUGUGCUAAGGGAUGCAGUGGAGUGUGGUGGCCAAUGGGAGAGUCAGUCCCAGCCCCCAGCAACUUCUCCUUUGGUGGCUGCUCAGCCCAGUGACUCUUAG